CCUAGGUUGACUUACGUUAGGUCGGAAGUUAUGUGUAGGUUUAAGGUGAAGAAACACGUUGCUGUAACACAUUAGACACGCUGACUGAGUUCUUAGGAUGUCCGGUUUGUUUCGCCACUCCCCCCCUUUUCCCCGAUCUGAAUGGAACAUCCUGAAAGUAACUUGGCAGUCGGGGGCGAGCUGACAACAUCGCAGGGGGCAACUCCACUUCUCUUCAUUUUACCGAGCACGGACAGAAGACACAGGCUGAUACUCAUGCUCUUUUAAAUCCACCCCGUCGUCUUUUUCUUACUUUAAGCAAUGUUCAUUUUGAAACUUUCCUAUUUGUUUUGAGCCAACACACAUACACACACACACACACACACAAAACGGGGCUUGAAGUAGCAGGCUUCUGGUUUUUUGGGAAUGCUUCCACAGUCUGCCAGUAAAGAGCAGAGAGUGACAGUCCUAUCUGUCAAUUCACACCUGAAGACAUGUUGCACUGGACUCUGCCUGACUGGAAAGUACUGCUGCUGACUGUACUGCUGUGGGACCGCCUCUGCGCCUCAGGGCUUAAACCCACGAGAUGGCCACUGUAUUCCCAAAAGCCUGUGAUCCUUGUCUGGAAUGCCCCGACUGAAGACUGUUUCCCAAGGCAUGGUAUUCGCCUUCAGCUGGACAAUUUCCAGAUAGUGGCCUCACCCAACGAGGGCUUUGUUAGACAGAACCUCACCAUCUUCUAUAAGGACCGCUUAGGUUUGUACCCCUACUAUGAGGCUGAUGAAACGCCGGUGAACAAGGGGUUGCCACAAUUGGCCAGUCUCACUAAACACUUGGACAAGAUGCCAGAAGGAGUGCAGAAGUAUAUACGGGAAAAAUGGGCCAAGGGUCUGGCAGUUAUUGACUGGGAGGAGUGGCGCCCACUUUGGAUACGUAACUGGGAAAACAAAGAUGUUUACCGCCAACAUUCUCGCGAGUUGGUGCGUCAGAAGAAUCCAACCUGGCCUCCAGAGCAGGUGGCAAAAGUGGCCCAGCAGGAGUUUGAGAUAUCUGCUAAGAAUUUCAUGCUGGAGACACUGAAGUACGCCAAGAACCUCAGGCCCAACCAGCUGUGGGGUUUCUAUCUGUUCCCCGACUGUUACAAUCAUGACUACAAGCGCACUCUGGAGAACUACACCGGCCGUUGUCCCGAUGUGGAAGUGGCCCGAAACGAGCGGCUGAAAUGGUUGUGGACUGAGAGCACCGCCCUCUUCCCUUCUAUCUACAUGGGCACUGUGCUGCGUUCCUCAACCUCAGGGCGACAGUUUGUCCGGAACCGAGUGAAGGAGGGGAUGCGUUUGGCGUCGACAGGCGAUGGAUUGGCACGUCCUGUCUUUGUGUACACCCGGCCUACGUACGCCAACUCCCUGGAACAGCUGACAGAGAUGGACCUUGUCUCCACUAUCGGGGAGAGCGUGGCUUUGGGAGCAGCAGGAAUCAUCCUGUGGGGCGAAGCUGCUUAUGCAAGCAGCAAAAACAGCUGCUCUGACCUGGAUGUGUAUCUCAGAGGUCCGCUGAGUCAAUACCUCCUCAACGUCUCCACGGCAGCAGAGCUAUGCAGCCAGACCUUGUGUGCUUCUAACGGCCGCUGUCUACGCAAAAAUCCAGACAGCGAUGUUUACUUGCAUCUGAACCCCCUCACCCACAGUAUCAUCAGCCAGGGCGGCAAGCAGACAGUCAACGGUGAGCUCGGCGAAGCAGAAAAGACGAGUUUUCAAGCAGAGUUUCAGUGCCAGUGCUACAGCGGAUAUCACGGAGAGCGCUGCGAUCAGAGAGACACGCCAUCACAGGCCACCAGUCUAUCAGCACAGAAAUAUGUGAUCUUACUGAUUAUCUCUCUACUCCUCUGUUAGUACGCUAUACAUGCUGCAGGCAUUUUUUUUUGUGUUUUAAAAUACAGGAGCACACCAGCUAUCAAGAUGGAGUUGAGUUGAGGAGUGUUUUUAGUCUUUUAGUUGCUGUAAAUGGAUGACACAAAGUGAGGUUUUAUAAGAAACACUGUGGAAAUUGCAAAGUUAUAUUUGUUUAUAACUUUUAACCUUUUUUAAACAAUGGAGGGCUGCCUGGAAAUGACCUUGUUUACAUUUUGCUCUCAGUUUCCUCUCAGUCACUGUUUCCCAAGUGUCAAAUUCCAUGUUUCUCGUAGAGAGAAAGUUUUUGUGAUGAAUGAGUUGAUGUAUGUCAGUAUCUGUGUGGUGAAAGUGGAAUUGAUGAACUUAAAUCUGGUAGCACAAUAUAUUAGUGCCUGAUCUUUUUUUCCAACAUGACCUCUCUCUGACAACUGAUGUUUUAAUAGAGGCAAUUACAGUAUUACUAUUUAUUUGAAUGUAUUGUUAGGUGUUUUAUAUGAUAUUUUCUUAUUUUUAUGUCCAACACAUGACUACUAGUUUUCUAUUUAAACACUUUACUCAAUUUAUAAUAAAAAAUAACAGUCCGUCCUGUAUUUUUACAACAGAAGCACAAUGUAAAAAGCAAAUUUCUGACACUUUGUGCCACACUUUCACUCACACAACUGCCUGUCUCUUUAGAGUGUCCUCAAAUUUGACUUAUGUCUAAGUAAAUAAAGUUCUUUGUCAAA